GGGAAGGCCAGUAGAAGUAGCGGGACAUGGUGUCGAAGGUCUUCUGGAAACCGAGAUGUCCUGCGGUCUUGGCGUCGUGGUGCUCGGCCAACAGCUGAGUACGGAGGCCUCGUGCGUUGGGGAUGCAAAGUCGCCAGCGGGCUUGGCGUGGAGUGAUAUCUUUCUUGGAGAGGAUGGAGGAGACAAUGGUGUUGUCAGUGCGGAUGGUGAAGUAUUGCCCAUCGAGGUACGGGCGCCAAACUGUGAGGGCGUGAAUCACGCUGAGGAGUUCCUUCUCAUUGGAGGGGUAAUUCAUCUCCGCGGGAAGGAGCUUCUUGCUUGCGAAGGCGAUAGGGUAUUCGCCAGGUGGAGCCUCGGAGUGAGUGGGCGAGUCCUUGAUGGAGGGGGUCUCGGCGGUGUCGCGGGGGAAAUGUUGGGACAGUAUGGCUCCGAUGGCGAAGUCGGAGGCGUCAGUGGUGACAUAGAAAUGGCGAGUGGGGUCGGCGAUCUUGAAGACAGGGGUCGUGGUGAUGGUUUGCUUGAUUGGUUUGUUGGUGCCCCAAUUGGCGACAACGGAAGCAACCCCCUUUUGCUUGGAGGUGCGGGAGGUGUCGGGGGGGGCCUGGCGGUGGGGGUGGAGGAGUCGAUCGUGGGGGAGCAUGCGAGAGAGGAGGUCAGCAAGGGGCAUGUYGGGUUCGUGGGCGAGGGCGGUUGCAAGGUCUUUGUGGCAUACUCGUUUGGUGCGGGAGAUGAACGCACAGUCGGGAAUGACGGUGUGGGGGAGGUGGUGUCGGAGGGAGCGGACGUAUUGGACGAAGCGGUCCGUGGGACCGGUCUGGCGGAGGUGGCAGAAUUGUUCAAGGUAGUCGUCAAUGGUUUUCUGGGGGCGGAAGGUGGCAGUGAGGAGGGUGGCCCAUUGGAGGAAAGUGUAGCGUGGUCCUCCGGAGGCUCGACGGUUGCUAGUUUCAGCCAUCCACCAUUUGGCUGCAUUGCCGAGGAGGCGGGAGGUGGCAAUGGGGAGCCAGUGGGCAAGGGGCAUGUGGUGGAGCUGAAAAGAGUUCUGAAGCUGGGUUAGGAAGAGGAAAACGUCCUCGUGGGGGAGGCCGGAGAAGGACAUGAUUUCGCCAAAUCGGAAGGAACGGGGGAUUUCCCCGUCGCGGUGAACGAUCUACGCGAGGGUGUUGAAGGUGAGGUUAUCGGGGGUGGUGUCGUAGUAGGUGUGGUCGAUUUGGUUGUUGUCCUCAAGGAGGUAGUUGGGUGGAAGUUGUGGCAUUGCGGGGAAAG